GGCGGGCGGCGUGGCAUGUUCGACGACGGCGCGGCGGGGGAUCGCGGCGCGGUGGCGGUGAAGCGGAUGAGACUGUGGGAGGAGGGGUGGGCGUGGGGGCCGCCGGCGCCGGCGGCGGGGGUCGGGGAGCAGCGGGCCGCGGCGAUCGUGGUGGCCGACGCGGCGGAGGCCGACUUCCCCGUCAUCUACGUCAACGCCGCCUUCGAGGCCGCCACGGGGUACCGCGCCCACGAGGUGCUCGGGCGCAACUGCCGUUUCCUGCAAUUUCGGGAUCCACGUGCGCAAAGGCGGCAUCCCCUUGUUGAUCCCAUGAUUGUUUCAGAGAUUCGGCGAUGUCUCAAUGAGGGGAUUGAAUUCCAAGGCGAGCUGCUCAAUUUCCGGAAGGAUGGUGCUCCACUAUACAACAGAUUAAGGCUCAUUCCUAUGCAUGGGGAUGAUGGCUCUGUGACACAUGUUAUUGGGAUCCAGCUAUUCUCUGAGGCAAACAUUGAUCUCAGCAACAUAUCAUAUCCAGUGUAUAAACAACAGUCUAACCACAGGCCUAGCAUUCAAGAUCUGAACUCAGCUUCUCAUGAACAUACUCCAAAAAUCCAGAGUUCAGACUACUGUGGUAUCCUCCAAUUGUCAGACGAAGUUCUUGCACACAACAUUUUAUCUCGCCUGUCGCCAAGAGAUGUCGCAUCGAUUGGAUCAGUCUGUACCAGAAUGCAUGAACUAACCAAGAAUGAUCACCUGAGGAAGAUGGUCUGCCAGAAUGCUUGGGGAAGAGAUGUCACUGUCAGGCUUGAGAUGAGCACCAAGAUGUUAAGAUGGGGUCGCCUUGCAAGAGAGCUAACAACCCUUGAGGCUGCCUCAUGGAGAAAGUUCACUGUUGGAGGACGCGUGGAGCCUUCCCGUUGCAACUUCAGUGCAUGUGCUGUUGGUAAUCGCCUUGUCCUUUUUGGAGGGGAGGGAGUCAACAUGCAGCCUAUGGAUGACACGUUUGUGCUUAACUUGGAGGCUGCAAGGCCAGAAUGGCGCCGUGUCAAGGUCUCUGCCUCCCCACCCGGCCGGUGGGGGCACACUCUAUCAUGGCUGAAUGGGUCAUGGCUGGUAGUAUUUGGAGGCUGUGGACAGCAAGGUUUGCUCAACGAUGUCUUUGUCCUUGAUCUUGAUGCUCAGCAGCCUACAUGGAGGGAGGUUGCGAGUGAGGGUCCUCCACUGCCACGGUCUUGGCACAGCUCAUGCACUUUGGAUGGUUCAAAGCUCGUUGUUUCAGAUGGGUGCACUGAAUCCGGAGUUCUUCUCAGCGACACCUUCCUCUUUGACCUCACAAAGGAAAAACCAGCUUGGAGGGAGAUUCCUACAUCCUGGUCUCCACCAUCCCGCCUUGGUCACACCAUGUCUGUCUAUGGUGCAACCAAACUAUUCAUGUAUGGUGGACUGGCAAAGAGCGGUUCUCUCCGGCUGCGCUCCAGUGACGCCUACACAAUGGAUGUCGGUGAAGACAGUCCCCAAUGGAGGCAGCUGGCAACAACUGGCUUCCCAAAUGUCAGUCCACCGCCAAGGCUUGAUCAUGUCUCUGUGAGCCUACCAUGUGGGAGAAUCAUCAUAUUUGGCGGCUCGAUUGCUGGCCUGCACUCCCCAGCGCAGCUGUUCCUGAUCGACCCUGCUGAGGAGAAGCCGACAUGGAGGAUACUGAACGUCCCUGGGCAGCCACCGAAGUUUGCCUGGGGACACAGCACAUGUGUAGUGGGUGGCACAAGAGUUCUGGUCAUGGGAGGCCACACCGGGGAGGAGUGGAUCCUGAAUGAGCUCCAUGAGCUUUGCCUUGCAAGCAGGCCCGAUGAAGACGAGUGAUCUCUGAUCUCUUCGCGCCUGGCUGUGCAUCUGAUUUAGAUCCUAUGCUAUUCGGACCUACUUUCAGUGUGUUACCUCAUUCUGCAUUGGUAUAAAAAGGUAGUGGAAAUUGAUCUGAAAAAAAAAGGUUAGUCCCGGAGAGUUUUAGUCUACUUUGUUGUUGUCAUCCGAGAUGUUUUCUUGCAUCUGCAUUGGUGUAACAAAAAUAGUGGAAAUUAGUUUGAAAAAAAAGGUUAGUCCUGGAGAGUUUAGUCUACUUUGCUGUUAUCAUAA